GCGUCGAGCUUCUUGAUCCGCUCCGGCAACCGACGUACACAAGGGGCUUGGGCGUCCGUGGAGGGAGCGAGAGGUCAGGCCAUGAACUUGGGAGAUGGUUUAAAGCUUGAAACUGAAUUAUUGGAUGGAAAAACCAAGCUAAUAUUGUCUCCAUAUGAACGUAAAUCAAACAUUUCUGUAAAGCAUCUUAAAGUUUUUCUUGCAUGAUUAUGAAUGGAGCCCUUUGGGGAUGAUAUGGCACUUUUCAACUCUGAGCCCUUGAUGUCUUUGCUGUUUCUUCCAGGUUUAAUCAAGGGGGAGAGUUUGCUUUAGUACCCACCAUAUUGAUAAAUGGAUGAUGAUGAUUAGAAUAAUUCCACAAGCUACCAAUAAAAAUUAUUUCUCUCUGUACAUGGUAUAUACUUACAUACAUUGUGUUUCUUAAUGUUUGACUACAGAUUGUGUAUUUUUUCCUGGCCCUGCCCUGUUAAAAUAUUGCAACUAUUUUUAUUUGAGCCACAUUAACCAGUACAGUGCCCCUUUAAGCUUCUAAAUUAAAAGCUACUUGUACUAGAUGAUUUCUACCUCCCCUAGCCUCUAUUCUCUCUCACAUGUUCCCUCUUUCGUUGUUGUCCUUGAUGGACUUGCUAGCUACACCACUUUUGUGAAGACAUUUAAUUGUUUUUUUAACGUAGAACAUCUGGAGAUGCCUUUCAUGCCUAUAAGUAAAUAAAGUUACUAGUCAGACUUUUGGUAGAAUCAUUACAAAAUUUUAUCUGUGGUCUAGGGAUAUUUUACUCUAGUUUCUAGAGUAACUAAUAAGUCACAGAUGAUGUUGAUUUUAAAUUAUAUAUCUUAAAGCAAGUUGUUUGGAUUUAUCCCUCUUGCUUUUGAAACUCCAAAAUACUGAUAAAUGGUAACCAUGAGGUGAAGGUUAUGUUAAUUUAGCUUGAGUAUGGUGAUUAUUUCAGUGUAGACAUGUAACAAAUUAUCGUUGUAUACCUUGAAUAAACACAAUUUUUAAAUUGUCAAUUAUACCUCAGUAAAACUGGAAAAAAAUACUGAUGCAACCUAAGUUUUCCUUCGAUAUUGAUUUUAUUUCAGGGAGCUUUUCUUCCCUUGUUUACAGAGCUUGCCGAGAUCCUCAUUUCUUUCUUCACAGAAGAUAAAAAUCCCAAACACUAGUAUUUGUUUUCCUUUUUUGUGUUAGUCAGUUUUUUAACUUAAACUUCACAAUUUGGCAGCUAUAUGUUUAAUUCUUUUUUUUUAGUAAGUUAUUCAUGAAUUCUCUCUUCAUGGUGCUUUUCUUUUUUCCCACUGGGAUGGGAAAUAAGACCAAGAUUGGAAAAUGUCCUUUAAGAACAAAACAAACCAGAUGCAUUCUAAAAUCAACACAAAAUACUUGUAUCAGUAGUGAAAAACUUUUGGAAAAGAAGAGAAUUGGUUCAGAAACGUCACUGGUAAAAGGUGAAAAAAAUAGUAUGGCUAAGGAUUUAUGCAAGCAGUAUGCUGAUAAAGACUGUCUUCAUAUCCGGAAAGAGAGUUCACCUACAACCCCUAAACUACAGAAGACUGGGAACACCUUAAGUACACCUGUAAUAGCUAAACAGAAGCCUUGCAAAAAUCACAUCACAGGUGAAAAUAUGAAGAGUAGUUUGGUGUGUCUAACAAAAGACCAGCUACAACAGAUUUUGAUAAAUGUAAACCACGGAAAUAGACCCAUGUUUCUGACAGAGAAUGGAAAGGAGGAGGAAACAAGUCAGUACAGUCUACAUUUAAACAGUAUUCCUAAUCAGCAAAAGGAUGAGAACAUUAUGGGACUACUCCAAAAAACUGAGGUUGUUUCAUGUGUCCAAGAUGAAAAUAAAUCUGUUUUAAAUAAAAGUCAGGAGACAUCUAAGCAGUCUGAGCAUAAAAUUGCCAUAGAGAAUGUGUGGAAACCAGCGGACAUAUUCAGUACUCUAGGGGAAAGAGAACGUGAUAGAAAUUUGUUGGAAGCAAAAAAAGCCCAGUGGAGGAAAGAGCUUGGGACAUUAUUUCCAGAUGAACAGGUUGCUUUAAAGAAGAAAGAAAAAGAAACUCCUGAAAAAUGGAAUAAUACUUGGGAAAAAUCUGAAAGUGAUAAAAUAGUAUGGGAAAAACUUCAAAUUCUUGACCAGUCUAAGACUUCUCCUAGUGUUUCCAGCAUUCUGUCACAGUCUCCCAGACAGGUAACGGUGGUCCAGGCUGAUAGUCACUCACCAUCUAGAGCUAGUCACAUUUUAGAGGAAGCAGUCCUGCCAGAACACCCUUUCAGUGGUGUGAAACAAGAACAGAGCAAAUGGAUUGAAGAGUUGAACAAACAAAUAGAAGAUAACGGGCAAAGAAAAAUAGAAGAAAAAAUUGUAUCUUCAAAGGGUGAGGAACAUGACAGAUGGGCAGUGCAUUUUGAUUCUCAGUCUCAGCUGUCCUCUCGGUCAACAUACAAACAACCAGAGUACUUCUGUAUCUCUCCGGACCCUCAGGAGCUGGCUGAUGUCAGCAGUGUUUAUACACCUACAACUGGAAGCCAGAUUGAACCUUUAGAAGAGGAGUAUAUAGCAAAACCUGUUAGAGGUGUAGCAAUCCCAAACAGUCAAAAAACAAACUUUCUCCGUUCUAUGACUGCUCUCUUGGACCCAGCUCAAAUUGAAGAACGAGACAAGCGGCGACAAAAACAGUUAGAACAUCAGAAAGCCAUCUCUGCUCAGGUAGAAGAAAAGCGUAGGAAGAAGCAGUUGCAAGAAGAGCAAAGAAAGAAGGAAGAACAAGAAGAGGAGCUUCGCCUAGCACGGGAACGAGAAGAGAUGCAGAAACAGUAUGAAGAAGACAUACUUAAGCAAAAACAAAAGGAAGAAAUUAUAACUGUCAAGACAAAUGAACUCUUCCAGACAGUGCAGAGAGCACAGGAGCUGGCACAGAGACUAAAGCAAGAACAGAGGAUCCGAGAAUUGGCUCAAAAGGGACAUGACCCUUCUAGGCUGAUUAAAAAUCUUGGCGUUCAAGUGGAAUUUAAUGAAUCUACUAAGAACAUUUCAAAUUCAAGACAUGGCUUGGAUGAAGUCAGUGGUAAAAUGAACACCUGUAUCAAUUCUACGAACUCUCCUAAGAAGGAUACUGGUGUGCAAACAGCUCUUUUUUCAGAUGACUUAAAUAUUGCAAUAUUCACCAGCGCAGAAUCACAGUGUGGAUCAGUAAUGGAAAGGGAAAUUAUACAUUGUUCAUCUCCCGAGAUUCCUGCAGAAUUUAAUGAACAGUUUAACACUCAGAAAAAACAAGAACUAAGAAGUCAGAAUAAAGGAGCCAACUUAGAAAAAGAAAACAGUUGGUGUAAUGACCAGUGUAGUCAGUUCACAAGAACAGAGAAACAAACAAAACAUAUGAAGAAAUGUUCUAAAAGACCUGAAUGGAAUAUAAAUAAACCACUCAAAGGGUAUAUUCCAGCAUCAGAAAAGUACCCUAAACAGCUUCAAAAGCAGAGAGAAGAAAAAAAAGUAAGAAGGCAAAUGGAACUGCUACAUUUAGUAGAAAGAAAUAAUCCUGGAAACCUCUCUCAAAACAGAGGCACUUCACCAGUUCUUCAUUCAUCUCAUCAAGACACAGAGCCAAAGUUCAGGUGGCAUUUAGUCAAAAAGGAAGAAGAACCUCUGAAAAUUAAUUAUUUCAGCAAAGAAAGGUGUCAAUCACCACCAGUUCCUGUGAUGAAAAACAGAACUCAACAGACACUGAAAAAGAGUAAUUACGAAAGAGAGGAUCUGAUCUCAGGAGGCAAUCAAACAGAGUUAUCACCCAGGAUUUCUGAACCAUCUCAUUUUAUUCCCUAUGUUCGAACCAAUGAGAUCUAUUACCUUGAUCCAGAUGCGCCAUUGUCUAGGCCUCUAACCCAGGAUCCUCAGUAUCAAAAUCCACAUAAUUGUGACCAAGAACGACAGCUAUUUGACUUGGACAGGGACCCACUUCUUAAUCCUAACUUGGUGAAAAACAGGGAUAGACAGCAAGCAAUCCUAAAGGGACUAUCAGAACUGAGACAGGGCCUUCUCCAGAAGCAAAGGGAGUUGGAAACUAAUCUCAUGCCUUUAGCUGCCAAUCAAGAAGAUAACUUUAGUUCUUCAUUUUCAAUAUAGAAAAAUCCUUCACAUUUGUCUUCCAAAUUAUAAAAUGUCCUCGU